AAUUCCAUAGACAAGUAGAAAAUCGACGCCGGUUGAGGCGGACCGCGUAAUACAAUUUGUGAUUGUAAUUGUGAAAAUUUUUGCAAGAAAGUUAUAAAACAUGGCAUACAAAGGGCCACCUAAGGUUCAAAAGGUGAUGGUUCAACCUAUCAACCUUAUAUUCAGAUAUCUACAAAAUAGGAGUCGUGUGCAAAUUUGGCUCUACGAAAACGUUAACUUGAGAAUUGAGGGUCACAUUGUUGGCUUUGAUGAAUAUAUGAACAUCGUACUGGACGAGGCAGAAGAAGUUUAUAUGAAGACUAAAAAUCGUAAGCAGAUUGGACGGAUCAUGAUGAAAGGGGACAAUAUAACGUUAAUACAAAAUGUGAAUCCAAACGCCGCUGUGUGAUAGGUUAUGAAGAACAUUCCUAGUAUUAUAAGUGUGGUGUUUAUUUACCAGUCGUUGGGGAUACACAGAUUUUUAAUUAUUUCGGAUUAAAUUUAAGAUUCCUACAA